GUUACCGGUAGCUGAAAUAUAUUGAAUUUGGACCUGCUACCAAAAGAUUUUAGAGGAGAAGAGUAAAAAUUGCAACAUGAAAAUUUGGAGUACAGAACAUAUAUUCAGCUACCCCUGGGAGACGGUGAUCAAGGCAGCCAUGAGGAAGUACCCCAAUCCCAUGAACCCCAGUGUCGUAGGAGUGGAUGUCCUGGACAGGAAACUGGACACAGACGGUCGUCUUCACAGCCACCGGCUGCUCAGCACAGAGUGGGGCCUACCGGGCAUCGUCCGAGCGAUUUUGGGGACAAAUCGAACAGUUACCUAUGUGAAAGAGCUCUCCAUUGUGGACCCCAACGAGAAGAAGAUGGAGCUGUGCUCCACGAAUAUUACUCUGACCAAUCUUGUGUCCGUUGAUGAACGUCUCCUCUACAGACCUCACCCAGACAACCCUGAUGUCACCAUUCUUACACAAGAGGCCAUAAUCACAGUGAAAGGCGUCAGCCUCAGCAGUUACCUUGAAGGCUUGAUGGCCCUCAGCAUGUCUGCCAACGCCAGAAAGGGCUGGGAUGCAAUUGAGUGGAUCAUUCAAAAUUCAGAACGGGAGAAAGUUCCUCUUUGUGACCUGUGCUAAACAUGGAGCCUUAACAGCGUCCACCAGAAGCCAAGGAACCUCAACAUUAGCAAAAGAACAGAAGCACCUCCAGAUACCACAGCUAGCCUAACCGACUGUAACUUGCCUCAGUUCUGCAGAAGUGCACUCCCAGUAAACCUGUGGAGGUCAUGGACACUGGACUUGAGGGCGAGUGUGUGAGUGCCACUUCAGUCCCAUGGAGAUGAUUUUACCUGAUUUUACCUUCAGGAGUGGCAGAGGGGGCAGUAGGCCAUAUUUGAACCACAGACGCUGCGGCCUGAUGUAAUGAUCAUCGUGGAUCACAGUUCUUUAAAAAAUGUUCAAAUGAAGUCACUGAUACAUCUCGUUAAAAAAAAACCUGCAUUCCAGUAUGUUCUCUAAUAUUUUGUGGCCGUGAUUUUCAGAACAGUCACUGAUACUGUAUGUUGUGCAGCAGCACAGUGGUUUUCUUCAGCACUGACAUCCAGUCCUAUACUAUAGUCAGUUUCGAUACAUAAUGGACUUCCUGUUACAUCUCUGGCUAUCGUCAGAUUUUAGAGGGACUUUUUGCCACUUCUGAAUAGCUAUGCAUACCACACUGGCUGAAUUUUGUUUUGGUUUGGACCAUGCCGUCAUCGCUUAAUUGCUAUUGGUUUUUAUUUGAUUUAGCCUCAGCUCCCAAAUGUCAUAUCAGAUUGCAGCCAUAAAAUGACCACAGAUAAUCAUUAGAUAUCUUAGUUAUUCAGAGAAUGCAUUCUGACGUUUAUUUUCAUGAAGAGGUCUGCGGUCAUUGUGCUGUUGAGUGAGAAAAUGCAUAUGGAACAGUAUGUAGCAGCAUCAGAUUGUUCUGACCAAGACACAUCCAGCCAUUUUGAUGUCUAGUAUAAGCCUGUCUUAUCUGCAUGGCAAUUUCAGAUUCAAAGCAGUGCCAUUGGUGCACUAGAAUGGACCCAUACCCCAAGGUAGAUGAUGACAACAUUCUUUGUCCUUAAAUUGAUACUAAUUUUAAUCACUUGGAGGAUAUGCCAUUGCAUUUGUGUAAAUGAAACAGUGGAAGUUCGGAAUCACUGGGUAUUGAUAGAGCAUUGGUACAUUUUGUGUGUUCAAAACAGAAUUUUAAAAAUGUAGUAAUGUCACGACACAGGCCUGAGCUUGUGAUUUGAACCUGCGGGCUCUUCUGUUGUUUAAUGGUCAGGUAAAUGACUCACACUUCAGCGCUAUUUAGGAGUGAUGUUUAUGUUAUAUUAAUGGUUUUCUUCAAACCAUGUGGCCUGUGGUAUAUUGUGGAGCCUAUAGGGAACAGCUGCUAGUGUAGCACAAAGCAGGCAGCUACAGUAGAGACAGCACAGCAGCAGGAUUAAGUGUUUUGUAAAACCAGCGGUUAGAGCGUCCCUGGCGCCUUUAGCCCCUCGGUGAGCGAUACAAACACAGAGCCUUGACGCUUCCACUAUUGGCCUGGAUGAGGGACUUAAGGUACUCCAUGUAUCCAGAUUCAACUAUUUGGUGCUGAUAACCAUCGCCGGAAUGGUCAGAAUGUCUCCUUUUUACUAAUGUGAAGUAAAUGUCUUUGCACUUUCAGAAACUAAUGUUAAAUUGCUAAAUCUAGUUCAGAGAACUUUCCAUCUUUAAUUAUUUAUUUGCCAAUAUGCUGUUGAUUUAUUUGCCAAUAUGCUGUCCAUAAAACACAGAGGAUUAGCACUUUAUUUUUGUUUACAUGCUAUGCACAGUUAUGAUGAGAAACUAGUGGUACAGUUAUUGCUACUGAAAUGUUUAUGUUUACUUUGUGUUGAUUCUGAAUGGCACUAAGUCUUAAUAUAUGUUUGAUAUUUUAUAAUUAUUUUGAAACAUUGAACUGUUCUUUACCAAAACCAAUGUUGAAACCGGUUAAUGAAAUGACUGCUGUUGUAAUUUAAGACUUCUGUUUGUCGAGGUUUCACAAUGAAGAUUUUGAAAAAACUUCUGACAGUAAAGCAA